GAACUAUAUGUUUUAGGGGCAGAACUCCAAAAGUGUCAAGCAACCAGACUUUCAUGAUGAAGAAAAUUAGUCUGAAGACCAUUCGUAAGUCUUUUAAUUUAAAUAAAAGCAAAGAUGAUAGUGACUUUGUUGUGGUUACGCAACCAUCGCUAAGUGAUUUUGGAAAAGACGACUCCUUGUUUGGUAGCUGCUAUGGUAAAGAUUUGGCUAGCUGUGACGUCAACAGCGAAGAUGAAAAAGGUGGCAAAAACCGCUCAAAGAGUGAAAGCUUAAUGGGUACUUUGAAACGAAGACUUUCAGCAAAGCAGAAGCAGAAGGGCAAAGGCAGCACACCUUCUGUUAGCUCAGCUGAUGAUGACACAUUUUCUUCCUCCUCUGCCCCGAUAAACUUCAAAGAUGUGAGAGCUCAAAGACCUCUUCGAUCCACCUCCCUCCGUAAUCACCAUUAUAGUCCAACUCCAUGGCCCCUCCGUCCAACAAACUCAGAAGAGACAUGCAUAAAAAUGGAAGUGAAAGUAAAGGCCUUGGUUCAUUCCUCAAAUCCAAGCCCUGCACUGAAUGGUGUUCGCAAAGAUUUCCACGACUUGCAGUCAGACAGUGCGUUCCAGGAACAAAACAAUGCAUUAAAAAGUACAGAAUCUCAAAAUGGAGACUUGCAUCUUCAUAUUGAUGAACAUGUGCCUGUAGUUAUUGGACUUAUGCCUCAGGACUACAUUCAGUAUACUGUGCCUUUAGAUGAGGGAAUGUAUCCUUUGGAAGGAUCACAAAGUUACUGUUUGGAUAGUUCUUCGCCCAUGGAGGUGUCGACAGUCUCUUCUCAAAUGGGUGGGAGUGCAUUUCAUGAAGAAGAGGGGACAGUGGGUCAAGAUGUAGUAGUUGCUCCGGAUAUCUUUGUGGACCAGGCAGUGAGCGGCUUGUUGAUUGGUACCACAGGAGUCAUGCUGCAAAGUCCAAGAGUGAGUCACAGUGAUGUUCCUCCACUCUCUCCGUUGCUACCUCCAAUACAGAAUAAUCACAUCCAAAGGAACUAUAAUGGCCUAAGUGGCACAGAUGUCCAUGUGGCUGAAAGUAUGCGCUGUCAUUUGAAUUUCGACCCUAACACCGCACCUGGAGUUGGAAGAGUGUAUGAUUCUGUACAAAACAGUGGUCCCAUGGUUGUGACUAGCCUCACGGAAGAACUGAAAAAACUUGCAAGGCAAGGAUGGUACUGGGGCCCUAUUACACGAUGGGAAGCAGAAGGCAAACUGGCCAAUGUACCCGAUGGUUCGUUUCUUGUACGGGACAGCUCUGAUGACCGCUAUCUUUUAAGUCUGAGCUUUCGCUCCCAUGGUAAAACUCUUCAUACUAGAAUUGAGCAUUCAAAUGGUAGAUUUAGCUUUUACGAACAGCCAGAUGUGGAGGGACAUACUUCUAUAGUCGAUCUAAUUGAACAUUCGAUCAGGGACUCUGAAAAUGGAGCAUUUUGCUAUUCAAGGUCUCGGUUGCCUGGAUCUACGACAUACCCAGUCAGACUGACCAAUCCAGUGUCUCGGUUUAUGCAGGUGCGCUCUUUGCAGUAUCUGUGCCGCUUUGUUAUACGUCAGUAUACCAGAAUAGAUCUGAUUCAAAAACUGCCGUUGCCAAACAAAAUGAAGGAUUAUUUACAAGAAAAGCACUACUGAAGGCUAUGGGAACCUUGCAUCUUGCACUUUGGGAACAAAAUAUUAAAGGAGAGAUACUGAAAAAUCGUUUACAAACUUUAAUUGCUAUCUUUUGCUGCCAUAAUUUCAUUUUUUUGUGCAUAAAGAAGGGUAAUGCAUUUUUAUUU